AUGUCCACUCCGGAAGAACAAAAGUUCUCCCAAAAACUCAUGGGACUAGAGGCUUGCAACCUGCCCAUGGGUUUUAAAAUUUAUGCAAAGCACAGUAAUAGAAAAGAGUCUCUUGAUUCCGGAGGAAAGCCUGGUACGGGGUUGCAGGAGUCAUAUAGGCUACCGAAACGGAAAAGGACUAGGAUGACUAUCUGUACUUACAACGCACGUACGCUUGCAUCGGAAGCGGUCAUGGAUGAUGAUGCAGGGCAAGAAGUUAAGUACGACGCCAUCGGACUGACUGAGACGAGACGACGUCACCCUCUAAACGCCGUAUAUGAAACUGGAGAAGAACUGUUUUUAGGAACAUGCGACAGUAGAGGUGUUGAUGGAGUUGGCGUCCUCGUCAACACGAGUAUGGUAAAGAACAUCGACUGUUUCGAACAACUUACGACCCGAAUCGGCCUUCUGCGGAUGAGAAGAUGUGGUCCAACACCAGCUUUGACUAUCUUCGUCGCUUACGCUCCAACAUCAACUACGAAGAAGACGAAGUCGAAGCUUUCUAUAUGGACCUGGAGAAGUUCUACCGAGAAGAUCAUGCGUUCUACAAGGUUAUAA